AUUAUCCAAACAAACUCAUUUUUCAUUUCCUUAAUUAAGCAAAACCCAUGCACACAUUUUAUUAUUAUCUCUAACUAAUUAUUAAUUAUAAUAAUUAAUUAAUUUUCUUCUCUCUCAAUUUAUCUAAUCUAAUCUAAAUCUAUUUCAUUGAUUCAUUUCAUUCCAUCUCUAUAGAGAAGAUAUAUCAAAAUAUAGCACACGUUGCUAUUGUCUCCUUUGAACCUCCGUGAGACGGCGGCGAAUCGGAAUGACUCGGCGGUGCUCUCACUGCAGCAAUAACGGCCAUAACUCACGGACAUGUCCGUCUAGAGGCAGCGGAGGCGGUGGCGGCGGAGGGGUUAGGCUUUUCGGAGUUAGAUUAACCGAUGGAUCAAUCAUUAAAAAAAGCGCGAGUAUGGGAAACCUUAACCUCGCUGCACUUCACCAUUGUUCUUCUUCUUCUUCUUCGCUUAAUCCUGGUUCAUCGAUUAAUCCCGGUUCACCUUGUUCUGACCCGCCUAAUGACCCUGACGGUUAUUUGUCUGAUGAUCCGGCUCAUGCUUCUACCUUCGUCUCCCGCCGCGGCGAAAGAAAAAAAGGUGUUCCAUGGACUGAAGAAGAACAUCGAUUGUUCUUGGUUGGUCUCCAUAAGCUAGGCAAAGGAGACUGGCGUGGGAUAGCACGUAAUUUUGUUGUGUCAAGGACUCCUACUCAAGUAGCAAGUCAUGCACAGAAGUAUUUUAUCCGGCAGAGUAAUGCUACUAGGAGAAAGAGGCGUUCCAGCCUUUUUGACAUGGCUCCAGAUAUGUGUCCUGAUUCAACUUUGAUGCCAGAAGAACAAGUACUACUUCCACCUUCUGAGAACUCACAACCUUGCAAUGGAAAAUCACAGCCAUCACUAAAUCUCUCUCUCAAGUCAGAAUAUGAACCGAUGGAAACUACAUCUGAAGAAAAUGCAGAAGAGGGCAAUGAAACUACAAUGGGAUCAAAGGGAUCGACACCAAUGACUCAUGGAUUUUUCCCAUCUUAUGUACCUGUUCCAUUUUCAAUAUGGCCAUCAAUUGGAGCUCCAUUUGAAGAAGUCAAUGGAGGAGAGACAUCUCAUCAUAGUCAUCAUCAGGUUCUCAAGCCGAUACCAGUCAUUCCAAAGGAACCUGUCAACGUUGAUGAACUUGUGGGAAUGUCUCAUCUGAGCAUUGGGGAAGCACAGGUACAUGACAGAGAGCCUUCUCCGCUUUCCUUGAAGUUGUUAGGAGAGCCCUCAAGGCAAUCAGCAUUCCAUGCAAAUGCUCCAGUUGGUGGUUCCGAUCUAAACGGUGGCAAAAACAGCGCCAUUCAAGCGGUUUGAGACUUUCAAAAUCUGGUGAAGACAGUAGUAACUAAGUCCUCUUUUGGUCAUCUUUCAUUUGUGCUAUAAUAUAUAACUUUUUUUUUUGUUUUCUCUGAGCCAUAAUCUUCUAAGUAGUAAGAAGUCAUAUGGUGGUAUGUAGCUCAGGUUAGAUCAAUUCUUAUGCAAAUACUUAUUCUUUCUAACUGUAAACAAAAAUGAAAUUUGAAUAAUCAAAUAUAGCCAAGAGGUCCAUGUCCCUCUCGGUUUGGCUAUAA